UAAUUCAACUUCCAUUCUCUUUUAGCGGGCGAAACGGUUUUACAUCUUGUUUCGCCGGUGGUUGCGGAAUCCAAAAGCCACGCGAAGGAAACACACCAACGACUUGCCAUCUCAAACCCCAAAAUCUAUCUGAUUCUCCAUUCCGUUGUCUCUUUCUCCGGUCACCCUCCGGCGACAGAGAUUGAGAGAACGGGGUUGAAACUUGAGACGUUGAGCGCAAGGUAAAUUCGAUGAUGAGAGUCGUGUUGUAAUUGCGGUUCAACGGGUUUGUGGCUGUGAUGAGAGAUAGAAUGUCGUCGUCGCCGGUAGGAGUCAGAGAGGAGCAAGGAAAAACGGCUCAAUCAAAUGGCCAGCAGGAAGAGAGAAUUUUCGUUGCCAUCAGGGUGAGGCCUUUGAACGAGAGAGAAAGGGCAAGGCAUGAUGUGUCCGAUUGGGAAUGCAUUUCUGACCACACCAUCAGGUUCAAGAACAACGGCCUCGCCGAACAGCAUGCCAGCACAUUUGACAGGGUAUUUGGGGAAAGGUUCACCACACAGCAGGUGUAUGAGCAAGGGAUUAAGGAAGUUGCCCUUUCAGUAGUUAGGGGGAUCAACUCUAGCAUUUUUGCUUACGGGCAAACGAGCAGUGGAAAGACAUACACAAUGACUGGAAUUACUGAAUAUGCUAUAAAGGAUAUAUAUGAAUACAUAGAGAAGCAUAGAGAGAGGGAAUUUGCUGUGAAGUUCUCGGCCAUGGAGAUCUAUAAUGAAGCUGUGAGAGACCUUCUCAAUGCAAAUGCUACUUCACUAAGAGUCCUUGAUGAUCCAGAGAAAGGGACUGUUAUUGAGAAACUCACUGAGGAGACUCUGACAGAGAGGAGCCGAUUGCAACAGCUCCUUUCAAUAUGUGCAGCUGAAAGAACAACGGAAGAGACAGCCAUGAAUGAAGCUAGCUCCAGAUCACAUCAAAUUCUUCGACUGACAGUUGAAAGUAAUCCUGGUAAUUAUGUAGGCACUGCAAGAUGUGGCACUCUUACCGCCAGUGUGAAUUUUGUUGAUCUUGCAGGAAGUGAGCGUGCUUCUCAAUCAUUAUCAGCUGGCACAAGAUUGAGAGAAGGUAGCCACAUAAACCGCAGUUUACUGACCCUUGGAACUGUAAUUCGGAAACUAAGCAAAGGAGGAAAUGGACACGUACCUUAUAGAGAUUCUAAGCUUACUCGCAUUCUGCAUAACUCUUUAGGAGGAAAUGCCAGAACAGCCAUCAUUUGUACCAUUAGCCCUGCACGCAGCCAGGCUGAGCAAUCAAAAAACACUCUAUUUUUUGCUGGCUGCGCAAAACAGGUAGCUACUAAUGCUCAGGUCAAUGUGGUGAUGUCAGACAAGAUUUUGGUAAAGCAACUACAAAAGGAAUUGGCUAGAAUGGAGAAUGAGUUGAGGAGCUUCAAUAGCAUCAUACUUAAGGAAAGAGAACUCCAGAUUGAACAGAUGGAUAAAGAGAUCAAAGAAUUGACUCGGCAACGUGAUCUCUUUCAUUCUCAUAUUGAAAAUUUGGUCCAGUCAGCUGGGAAAGAUCGGCUUAUAAGAGUAGAUAAAGAUUGGCCCUCAGAAACGUCAAGUGUUGCUACUAAUCUAUGUUCUGAGAGAGACAGCAGAUCUGAGAAUCUUGACAGAACAACUUCCAGUUUGUACCUUUUGAAUGAGCAACCUGAGAAUUCUGAAGACAACUUUCUCCUGGAUGGCUGUCCUCCCACGUUUGUUGAGGCUGAAUCGCCUGAUCCAUGUCAAGGUUGGGAGGAGAUAGCUAGCAGAGCUGAAUCUGAAGCUAAAUCUGAAGAUAACUGCAAGGAAGUUCCAUGUGUUGAAAUAAAAGAAGUGGAAACAGACCACAAAACAAAUGUUAACACGUCCAUUACUUCUUUUGAAGAAAAAGAAGAAAAUUUAAUACCAGUUGCCGACGAAGAUGCUAAAUCAUCAUCAGGGAAUGGCCAAAAUGUUCGAGAUGUACUGCAGCAAAAAACUGAGGACCACAAAACAAAUGUUAACACGUCCAUUACUGCUUCUGAAGAAAAAGGAGAAAAUUUAAUACCAGGUGCGGACGAAGAUGCUAAAUCAUCAUCAGGGAAUGGCCACAGUGAUCGAGAUGUACUGCAACAAAAAACUGAGGACCACAAAUUAAGUGUUAACAUAUCCAUUCCUUCUUUUGAAGAAGAAGGAGGAAAUUCACACAUGAUGAUACCAGUUGCGGAGGAAGAUGCCAAAUCAACAUCAGGGAAUGGCCAUAGUGAUCAAGAUGCACUGCGGCAGAAAACUGAGGACCACAAAACAAGUGCUAACACGUCCACUCCUGCUUUUGAAGAAGAAGGAGGAAAUUCACCCACAAUACAAGUUGUGGAGGAAGAUGCUAAAUCAUCCCGAGAGAAUGGGCAUGUUGAUCAAGAUGCACUGCAGCAAAAAACUCAGGACCUUGAAAGGAACAACGACCAUCUGGUGGACCUCUCAGAGAAAUCCAAUGGGUCUUCUGAAUCCAGACCACACAUUAUGACUGCCAUGCCUUCUCCUCAAACACAUAAAAUGUCUCAAGAUGCUUCAUUGCAUCCACAGGUCAGUAAGGUGGAGGAACAGAAUGUGUCACCUUCUCGAUUUAGUAAGCUGGACCAGGAAUCCGCAUCACCCCACCAGUUUGAUGAAGACGACCUUAAAACUAUGUCACCACUUUUUCUUGAUAAGCAAGAGCUCAAAACUAGGUCACCUCCUCAACUUGAAGAGCUGGAUUCGUUCACAUUAUCAGAUGGGGUCGAAAGGGAAUAUUCUUCAAACAUGAUGUGCUUUGAUGAGAAGCAAUCUCAACCAAAGUUACAUGCUAAAAAAAGAAAAUAUUCCAGAAAGUAUUCUGUAGUUCCCAUGAUGGAUGCUUCAGUUGAAGAUGAAGAGUCUGUUUUGGAUUCUGAUACGGAAGAUACUUCCAGCGUCAUCAAUUUUGUUGUAAAAAUGAAUCAAAGGGCAAAGACAAAACCAACACAAAAACCAUUCAGCGAGGACUUCGAUGAUCUAAUGGCACAUGUGAACAAAGUAAAAGGUGCCAAUUUCAAUGGAAUUUCGGGGCCUUUGAUGCCUUCUAAAUUUGAGACGCAGCAGAGAGAUAUAAUCAAACUUUGGGAUGCAUGUAAUGUGCCAUUGGUACAUAGAUCCUAUUUUUUCCUUCUCAUCAAAGGUGAACUUCCCGAUUCUGUGUACUUGGAUGUAGAGCUCAGACGUUUGUCCUUUCUGAAGGACGCUUUUUCUAGUGGCAUCACAGGAGGUGGUCUUGAUGUCACUCCUAAUUCAAGCCUGUUGUCUCUGAAUCGUGAGAGGAAAAUGCUAAGUAAGCAAGUGCAUAAGAAGUUUUCAAAGAAGCAAAGAGAGGAACUUUACCGGAAGUGGCGUAUCGAUUUGAAGACUAAGCACAGAAGCAUACAACUAGCAUGGCUCCUAUGGACAAAUACAAAAGACCUGAACCACGCUAGAGAAAGUGCAGCGCUCGUAGCGAAGCUGGUUGGUUUAAUAAACUCGAGUGAGACUCCAAAGAAAGCUUUUGGACUUGGCUUCCUAGCCCGACACAAGAGCAGAAAAUCCCUUAGCUGGAAGGACACAAUGUCUACUAUUUAAAUUCAGGUUGUUUCAAACAGCCUUGGCCUUCUUCCACUUUUGACUUAUACUUAUAGGUUCUGGUUGUACAUUGAAAAGAAUGUAAGAUGAUAGUGAUUAAUUAAAUUCAAAUGCUUCAUGCCUCAAUUCAUUUUCA